UCAAGGCACAUAUAUCCAUACCUUCUCAAACGAUCGAAAAGAAGAAAGAAGAAAGAAAGAAAAACGCAUACAAAUGGCUACAAAACCUCAUUAUGAUGCAGACCCCAGCAUAAAUGUACCAGAGACGGAGAAUGGGUUUAACAUUCCUCCAAGAAAACUGAAUAUCGUGUGGGGCAAUGAAUCCCGCUACUGGCGCUUACCAUCUGACUCGACUCCGUAUGUGGAAUUGAUACAGGUCUCAUGGCUGGAGGUCACCGGUUCAAUCGACUUAUCGGCCGGAGAGCAGUAUGAAGUAACGUUCAAGGUAUCCCUGGCAUCGGACGCGUUUGGGUGGAAUGGGUGUCCGGUUUACGUGAUGGCCAAGUUUGGGAAAAAGGGAAAGUACACGUGGAAAAGAGCAACCUUGGACAAAGGCACAACAACAGCCGGAGAAGUUUUCUCAAUUCCUGACCCGUCGCUUAAGAUAACAGCUUCAGGUGCCUCCAAUGAAACCACUACUCUCUACUUCGGUUUGUACGAAGUGUGGAGCGGGAAAUGGAAGGGAGGUCUCAGAAUCCACGAGGCACUCGUCAAGAAACUACCCAAGACGACCAGUACCAGUACUUAAUUAAUUAAUUAUUAUACUACUUUGUGUGAGUUAAAUAAAGUGGUUGUUGGGCUUAUAUAUAAUAACCCCAAUUGAUCU